UUUAAGCGUCCAAUGCCUGAAGAACAUGGUGAAGGUAAUGCCAGGAUUUUAAAUUUGCUGGGCGAAGUUCCAGAUGAACCUUGGACACCGCAAUAAUAAUUUUGAAAAUGAAUAUGCAAUUUUGAUGUUUGGAGUUUUGCGAAGUUUGAAUAUAUGUUUGAAUUGUACUAUGAUUUAAUUGUAAACAUUGAAUUUUUGUGUUGUGUUGUUUUUUAUUUGAUAGUUGUUUGGAAUCUUUGUUAUGUUGUUUAAAUAUUUAGGAUGGUUUAUUUUUUGGUUGUUUUGGUUUACAAUUUGUUUGGCUUUUACAUUAGUUGAAUUUCUGGAAUAUAUGUCUUUGGAUGUUUGGAUUAUAAGAUUUUUGGAUGUUUUGAUUAUCAGUUUUAGGGUUUUUUUGAAGAAAUUUGAAAUGUUUGGAUUAAUGUAUGUAGUUAAAUUCAUAAUAAAAUUUAAAAUUUUUGUUCAGAAGUAAAGACGAUUUAUUUUGCUAUAUUUUGGAUGCUGAAGUAUUUUUGAAUUGAAUUUUAUGUAGUUUUAUGUGGAUUUAAGAAAAAUAUUGAGAUUUGUUUGGAUAAAUGUAUGAAUCUUAAAUUACUAAAUAAUAUUAUACUUUUAGUUAAGGGCUAAACGCGUUUUGUUAGAAAUAUUUUGGUUGUUGAGUUAUUUAUUUUGGCUUGGAUUUUGAUUUGUUGUAAUGUUUUGGAUGUUUGGAUUUUUAGUUCUUUGGAUUGUGGGGAAAUAUAAAGGAAAUUGCUUGG